AUGCCGCGAGUAGAUGAGAUCCUUGACAAACUCGGUGGAGCACGCUUCUUUAGCACGUUAGAUUUGGCUUCAGGCUACUGGCAGGUCCCUCUGAGAGAAGAGGAUAUUCCUAAAACCGCGUUCACAGUUGGCCCAAAUCAUUACGAGUUUACUGUUAAGCCCUUCGGUUUGACAAACGCCCCAGCCACCUUUCAGCGAAUGAUGACGAAACUUCUCCAUGGGAUGAGCGGCUGUCUGGUAUUUAUCGAUGACAUCAUUAUCUUUGCUGACACCUGGGAGGAACACCAGAAGAUUUUGGAAGAGGUUUUGCAUCGAAUCAAAGCAGCUGGCUUGAAGCUCAAGGGAACGAAAUGUCAGUUCGGACGUGAAUCGGUUCAGUUUUUGGGACAUAUUGUAUCCGCAAGGGGAAUCCAUCCAAACCCAGAGAAAGUCCAAGCCGUACAAGAUUUUCCGACACCGUCUUCGUUGUCGGAUGUCAGAGCAUUUGUGGGAAUGGCCUCCUACUACCGCAGGUAUGUCCGUAAUUUUGCGGAUAUCGCCGCUCCUCUGCAUGAACUAACCAAAGGAGGCAGAGAAUUUUGUUGGACAUCAGCAGCAGAGCAAGCGUUUCAUACCCUAAAAACCCGCUUAUCCACUUCACCUAUCCUUGCCUUGCCCAAUUUUAUGAUUCCUUUCACUGUUUACACCGAUGCUAGCGAUUCUGGUCUUGGAGUAUUGUUGUCGCAACGUGUUGGUUCCAGCGAAUAUGUCGUUUGCUAUGCUAGUCGGUCAUUGACAUCAGCGGAGAAGAACUAUUCAACAACUGAGAAAGAGUGUCUGGCCAUUGUGUGGGCCAUUCACUACUGGCGUCCCUACCUACUGGGAAAGGCGUUUCAAGUGGUUACCGACCAUCAAAGUUUAACUUGGCUUCAGGGACUAAAAGAACCCAAAGGUCGCUUAGCACGUUGGAUCUUAACCCUUCAAGAAUAUGACUUUGCCAUCGUACACCGCCCGGGUCGUGAGAACAGUAAUGCAGAUGCACUUUCACGGUCUCCUCUUCCAACUACAGUCGUCAGUCAUCCUCAUUUACCGGAUGAGGAGAUCGUCAUCGGGGUUAGACCCACCCUUAUUGAAACCGAAUGGUCCCGGGAAGAGAUUUGUCAGGCACAGCACGAUGAUCCAGUUGUCUCAACUGUACUUCAGGCAAAGUUGAACACGCCGGCCGAACAAGAAGCUCCUAGUGAUUGGACAGAUGAUAGUGAACUUCGUCGUUAUCGGCAAGUUUGGAAACAACUGGAAAUAAUUGACGGUGUUUUGCAUCGACGCGUAUCAACAAGUGGUCGGAAAGAUGGUCUCGUUCUUGUAGUUCCUCGGAAAAUGCGUGCGGAUCUGUUGCGGCUCUCUCAUAAUGAUCCUAGUUCUGGGCACAUGGGUAUUAAUCGCUGCGUCGAACGUUUGUAG